GGCUCUGGACCGCCAAGGUAGCCGCACCUGAGUGCUCUCUAGAGGGCUGAGGAUUCUCGCGCCCCUCACCAUCUCUCCACUCCGGCGGGUGCCCCCAGGUGGCCCAGAGGAUCCGCGGGUGGAGGAGGAGGCGGUGGCACAAACGCUUGGGUCCAGGACCAUGGCCACAGUGACCAUGUCGGUGCCCGGGCGGAAGGCGCCCCCCCGGCCAGGCCCAGUGCCAGAGGCCGCCCAGCCAUUUCUGUUCACGCCUCGUGGGCCUGGAGCAGGUGGCGGGCCCGGAGGCUCCGGCAGCUCCCCGCAGGUGGAGUGGACUGCCCGGCGCCUCGUGUGGGUGCCCUCGGAGGUCCAUGGGUUCGAAGCUGCGGCGCUGCGGGACGAGAGUGAGGAAGAGGCUGAGGUGGAGCUGGCAGAGAGCGGGAAGCGACUGCGGCUACCGCGGGACCAGAUCCAACGCAUGAACCCGCCCAAGUUCAGCAAGGCCGAAGAUAUGGCCGAGCUCACCUGCCUCAACGAGGCCUCGGUCCUCCACAACCUCCGUGAGCGCUACUACUCCGGCCUCAUCUACACGUACUCCGGCCUUUUCUGUGUGGUCAUCAACCCCUACAAGCAGCUUCCCAUCUACACGGAGGCCAUUGUGGAGAUGUACCGAGGCAAGAAGCGCCAUGAGGUGCCACCGCACGUGUAUGCUGUGACAGAGGGGGCCUACCGAAGCAUGCUCCAGGAUCGUGAAGAUCAGUCCAUUCUCUGCACCGGAGAGUCUGGAGCUGGGAAGACGGAAAACACCAAGAAGGUCAUCCAGUACCUCGCCCACGUGGCAUCAUCGCCGAAGGGCAGGAAGGAGCCGGGUGUCCCUGCCUCCGCCAGCACCGUGUCUUAUGGGGAGCUGGAGCGGCAGCUCCUGCAGGCCAACCCCAUCCUGGAGGCCUUCGGUAACGCCAAGACAGUAAAGAAUGACAACUCCUCCCGAUUUGGCAAAUUCAUCCGUAUCAACUUCGACAUUGCGGGCUAUAUCGUGGGCGCCAACAUCGAGACCUACCUGCUGGAGAAGUCACGUGCCAUCCGCCAGGCCAAGGAUGAGUGCAGCUUCCACAUCUUCUACCAGCUGCUCGGAGGCGCCGGAGAGCAGCUAAAAGCCGACCUCCUCCUGGAGCCUUGCUCCCAUUACCGCUUCCUGACCAACGGGCCGUCGUCCUCCCCGGGCCAGGAGCGGGAGCUCUUCCAGGAGACGCUGGAGUCCCUGCGGGUCCUGGGAUUCACCCACGAGGAGAUCACCUCCAUGCUGCGGACGGUCUCGGCGGUGCUCCAGUUCGGCAACGUUGUCCUGAAGAGGGAGCGGAACACCGAUCAAGCCACCAUGCCCGACAACACAGCUGCACAGAAGCUCUGCCGCCUCCUGGGGCUGGGGGUGACCGAUUUCUCCCGAGCCCUGCUGACCCCCCGCAUCAAAGUUGGCCGGGACUACGUGCAGAAGGCCCAGACCAAGGAGCAGGCGGACUUUGCGCUGGAGGCCCUGGCCAAGGCCACCUACGAGCGCCUCUUCCGCUGGCUGGUGCUGCGCCUCAACCGAGCUCUGGACCGCAGCCCCCGCCAGGGCGCCUCCUUCCUGGGCAUCCUGGACAUCGCAGGCUUCGAGAUCUUCCAGCUGAACUCCUUCGAGCAGCUGUGCAUCAACUACACCAACGAGAAGCUGCAGCAGCUCUUCAACCACACCAUGUUCGUGCUGGAGCAGGAGGAGUACCAGCGCGAGGGCAUCCCCUGGACCUUCCUGGACUUCGGCCUCGACCUGCAGCCCUGCAUCGACCUCAUCGAGCGCCCGGCCAACCCCCCUGGACUGCUGGCCCUGCUAGACGAGGAGUGCUGGUUCCCGAAGGCCACGGACAAGUCCUUUGUGGAGAAGGUGGCCCAGGAGCAGGGCAGCCACCCCAAGUUCCAGCGGCCGAGGCACCUGCGGGAUCAGGCCGACUUCAGUGUCCUGCACUAUGCGGGCAAGGUUGACUACAAGGCCAAUGAGUGGCUGAUGAAAAACAUGGAUCCUCUGAAUGACAACGUUGCGGCCCUGCUUCACCAGAGCACAGAUCGGCUAACAGCAGAGAUUUGGAAAGAUGUGGAGGGCAUCGUGGGGCUGGAACAGGUGAGCAGCCUUGGGGACGGCCCACCGGGUGGCCGCCCCCGUCGGGGCAUGUUCCGGACGGUGGGGCAGCUCUACAAGGAGUCCCUGAGCCGUCUCAUGGCCACGCUCAGCAACACCAACCCCAGCUUCGUCCGCUGCAUCGUCCCCAACCACGAGAAAAGGGCCGGGAAGCUGGAGCCGAAGCUGGUGCUGGACCAGUUGCGUUGUAAUGGCGUCCUGGAGGGCAUCCGCAUCUGCCGCCAGGGCUUCCCCAACCGCAUCCUCUUCCAGGAGUUCCGGCAGCGGUACGAGAUCCUGACGCCCAAUGCCAUCCCCAAGGGCUUCAUGGACGGGAAGCAGGCCUGUGAGAAGAUGAUCCAGGCCCUGGAACUGGACCCCAACCUCUACCGUGUGGGACAGAGCAAGAUCUUCUUCCGAGCAGGAGUCCUGGCCCAGCUGGAAGAAGAGCGGGACCUGAAGGUCACGGACAUCAUUGUGUCCUUCCAAGCAGCUGCCCGGGGAUACCUGGCUCGCAAGGCCUUCCAGAAGCGGCAGCAGCAGCAGAGUGCCCUGCGGGUGAUGCAGCGGAACUGCGCGGCCUACCUCAAGCUGAGACACUGGCAGUGGUGGCGGCUCUUCACUAAGGUGAAGCCUCUGCUGCAGGUGACACGUCAGGAUGAAGUGCUGCAGGCACGGGCGGAGGAGCUGCAGAAAGUGCAGGAGCUACAGCAGCAGAGUGCCAGGGAAGUGGGCGAGCUCCAGAAACGCAUGGCACAGCUGGAGGAGGAGCGCACUCACCUGGCGGAGCAGUUGCGAGCAGAGGCAGAGCUAUGUGCUGAGGCAGAGGAGACACGGGGGCGGCUAGCAGCCCGCAAGCAAGAGCUGGAGCUGGUGGUGUCGGAGCUGGAGGCUCGCGUGGGCGAGGAAGAGGAGUGCAGCCGCCAGCUGCAAAGCGAGAAGAAGAGGCUGCAGCAGCACAUACAGGAGCUCGAGACCCACCUCGAGGCCGAGGAGGGGGCCCGUCAGAAGCUGCAGCUGGAGAAGGUGACGAUGGAAGCAAAGCUGAAGAAGUUCGAGGAAGACCUGCUGCUUGUGGAGGACCAGAACGCCAAGCUGAGCAAGGAGCGGAGGCUGCUGGAAGAACGCCUGGCCGAGUUCUCAUCUCAGGCUGCGGAGGAGGAGGAGAAGAUCAAGAGCCUCAAUAAGCUGCGGCUGAAAUACGAGGCCACGAUCGCAGACAUGGAGGACCGCCUGCGCAAGGAGGAGAAGGGCCGCCAGGAGCUGGAGAAGCUGAAGCGGCGGCUGGACGGGGAGAGCUCGGAGCUGCAGGAGCAGAUGGUGGAGCAGCAGCAGCGUGCCGAGGAGCUGCGGGCCCAGCUGGGCCGCAAAGAGGAGGAGCUGCAGGCGGCUCUGCCCAGGGUGGAAGAUGAGGGCGGGGCCCGAGCCCAGCUGCUCAAAUCCCUGCGUGAGGCACAAGCAGGCCUGGCCGAGGCCCAGGAGGACCUGGAGGCCGAGCGCGUAGCCAGGGCCAAGGCGGAGAAGCAGCGCCGGGACCUGGGCGAGGAGCUGGAGGCACUGCGGGGCGAGCUGGAGGACACGCUGGACUCCACCAACGCACAGCAGGAGCUCCGGUCCAAGAGGGAACAGGAGGUGACGGAGCUGAAGAAGGCUCUAGAGGAGGAGACGCGUGUUCACGAGGUGGCGGUGCAGGAGCUGAGGCAGCGCCAUGGCCAGGCGCUGGGGGAGCUGGCGGAGCAGCUGGAGCAGGCGCGGAGGGGCAAAAGUGCCUGGGAGAAGACCCGGCUGGCCCUGGAGGCCGAGGUGUCAGAGCUGCGGGCAGAGCUGAGCAACCUGCAGACUUCCCGCCAGGAGGGAGAGCAGCGGAGGCGCCGGCUGGAGUCCCAGCUGCAGGAGGUGCAGGGCCGCGCUGGUGAUGGGGAGCGGGCACGAGCGGAGGCCACCGAGAAGCUGCAGCGAGCCCAGGCUGAACUCGAGACUGUAUCUGGGGCGCUGAGCGAAGCCGAGUCCAAAACCAUCAGGCUGAGCAAGGAGCUGAGCAGCAUGGAAGCCCAGCUGCACGACACCCAGGAGCUGCUGCAGGAGGAGACCAGGGCUAAGCUGGCCUUGGGGUCCCGGGUGCGAGCCUUGGAGGCUGAGGCGGGGGGUCUGCGAGAACAGCUGGAGGAGGAGGCGGCUGCCAGGGAGCGGGCGGGCCGCGAGCUGCAGAGCGCCCAGGCCCAGCUCUCAGAGUGGCGGCGGCGCCAGGAGGAGGAGGCAGGGGCCCUGGAGGCAGGGGAGGAGGCCCGGCGCCGGGCAGCCCGUGAAGCUGAGACCCUGACUCAACGCCUGGCAGAAAAGACCGAGGCAGUGGACCGGCUGGGGCGGGGCCGCCGCAGGCUGCAGCAGGAGCUGGAUGAUGUCACCGUGGACCUGGAGCAGCAGCGGCAGCUCGUGAGCACACUGGAGAAAAAGCAGCGCAAGUUCGACCAGCUCCUGGCAGAGGAAAAGGCAGCUGUCCUGCGGGCAGUGGAGGAACGUGAGCGGGUCGAGGCAGAGGGCCGGGAGCGUGAAGCUCGGGCCCUGUCCCUGACACGAGCGCUGGAGGAGGAGCAGGAGGCACGUGAGGAGCUGGAGCGACAGAACCGGGCGCUGCGGGCUGAGCUGGAGGCACUGCUGAGCAGCAAGGACGACGUCGGCAAGAGCGUACACGAGCUGGAGCGAGCCCGCCGGGUGGCAGAACAGGCAGCCAACGACCUUCGGACACAGGUGACAGAACUGGAGGACGAGCUGACAGCAGCUGAGGACGCCAAGCUGCGCCUGGAGGUGACUGUGCAGGCUCUCAAGGCGCAGCACGAGCGUGACCUGCAGGGCCGUGAUGAGGCUGGCGAAGAGAGGCGGAGGCAGCUGGCCAAGCAGCUGCGGGAUGCAGAGGUGGAGCGGGAUGAGGAAAGGAAGCAGCGGGCUGUGGCCGUGGCCGCCCGCAAGAAGCUGGAGGCAGAGCUGGAGGAGCUGAAGGCUCAGACGGAGGCCGCCGGGCAGGGACGAGAGGAGGCCGUGAAGCAGCUUCGUAAGAUGCAGGUCCAGAUGAAGGAGCUAUGGAGGGAGGUGGAGGAGUCACGCAACUCCCGGGAGGAGAUCUUUGCCCAGAAUCGGGAGAGUGAGAAGCGCCUCAAGGGGCUGGAGGCAGAGGUGCUGCGGCUGCAAGAGGAACUGGCCGCCUCGGACCGCGCCCGGCGGCAGGCCCAGCAGGACCGGGAUGAGAUGGCAGACGAGGUGGCCAACGGCAACCUCAGCAAGGCUGCCAUUCUGGAGGAGAAGCGUCAGCUGGAGGGACGUCUGGGGCAGCUGGAGGAGGAGCUGGAGGAGGAGCAGAGCAACGCAGAGCUGCUCAACGACCGCUACCGCAAGUUGCUCCUGCAGGUGGAGUCCUUGACCACAGAGUUGUCCGCUGAGCGCAGUUUCUCAGCCAAGGCGGAGAGUGGGCGGCAGCAGCUCGAGCGGCAGAUCCAAGAGCUCCGGGGCCGCCUGGGUGAGGAGGAUGCUGGGGCCCGGGCCCGCCAGAAGAUGGUCAUCGCCGCCCUGGAAUCCAAGCUGGCCCAGGCGGAGGAGCAGCUGGAGCAAGAAAGCAGAGAGCGCAUCCUCUCUGGCAAGCUGGUGCGCAGAGCUGAGAAGCGGCUUAAAGAGGUGGUGCUCCAGGUUGAGGAGGAGCGGAGGGUGGCGGACCAACUCCGGGACCAGCUGGAGAAGGGGAACCUUCGAUUGAAGCAGCUGAAGCGGCAGCUGGAGGAGGCCGAGGAGGAGGCCCAGAGAGCUAACGCCUCGCGCAGGAAGCUGCAGCGUGAACUGGAAGAUGCCACUGAAACCGCCGACGCCAUGAACCGUGAGGUCAGCUCCCUCAAGAACAAGCUCAGGCGCGGCCCGCUCACCUUCACCACCCCCACCGUGCGGCAGGUCUUCCGCCUGGAGGAGGGCGUGGCAUCCGACGAGGAGGCGGAGGAGGCGGAGCCCGGGUCUGGGCCACCGCCCACGGAGCCCGAGGGGCCCCAGCCAGCCCAGCCCCAGUGACCCCACCAGCCCGGAUGCACUAACAAGCGGGGUCUCGGGGGCACCUGUCCCAGGAACUCGCCCUCUGGCUCCUUGCACUUUGGAAAUGGUGCCGCCGUCUGGCGCUUCGGCAUUGAUCAACUCCACCCCGGACCCCUGAAACCCACCAGCGGAAGACCCUGAAACCCAGGAGCUGGGUGGGGCGGGUGGGGAGGCCUGGCCGAGCUCACUGGUGAAUUUGGAAUCAGCGGAAAAGCUGUGGCCGCGCCCGCUCCUGCUCCCCCCGGCCUUCCGCGGUUUGAGUGACCUUAUGUAUGUAUUACAAAGGACGCGAGUGGGGGCGCCCCUGCCCCGUGCGGUCCGUGUGCCCUUUCCCCCGGGGCGCCUCUCUACUCGCCCGCUCCUAUGGCGCUGGUCCUCCGCA